CGCAUCGCCGCCCGUCAUGGCAAUGGCAAUGCCAUUGGUUGGUUUGCAUAUUUAUUUGACGAAAUCCGAAGUGAAACUGGGGUUGGCACGACUGUUGGAGAAAUGCCAGCAACACAAGCAUGUCAUGACCCAAAGGGAGCUGGACAAGAAGCGACGUUUUGACAAAGAGCUGUUGCAAUCUCGCAUUCGGAUGUUCCGAAUGGUCCAACGUGUCGCAAUUCACAUCGCUUUUGCCCUUCUUCUGGCCAGCAUGUACGGAGUGGUGGCAACCGGAAGACCAGCAUCCUGGGUGCAACUCUGUAAAAUUUCGAUCAGCUAUGGUGUGCACGCUUUUGUUCAAUCAGCUCUUGUUGAGAUCAAAAGUGCCAGCCACAUUCGCUUUCUGGAGGCUGCUUUUCUGUUCAGCUAUGCCGUGCACCUUUAUGGCGUCGCCGACGGAACUUGAGAUGUUCUGGGCCACUGAUUUUAGAUCUCGGGAGUGCCAGUUGAUUGGUUUGCCCACUGUGUCACCAUCGUUCCUUGCUUCAACUCUGAUCACACCGGUGCUGCUGGUGUUGUUACCUUCAUCGUGUUUGCAAUGCAAUCGCACAUCGCAAGUAAGCUGGAUUCAGAAGAUAUUUCUUCCCUCUUGGUGGCCUCGCGGAGGGUCUGGACUCUCGCAAUCACAACAUCGUUGAUGAUGGCCCAGCUCUUCCAAA